GGGCCCGUCCUCCAGGGAGGGGGCUUGGGGACAGGGCGGAGGAGGCCGGUGUCUUUCGGACUGUUCCCGGGCCGAGCAUAUUUUUUCUUCUAUGAAUGGGUUUUGCUGUAAAUUACAGCUCUGCCCUUGGUCCCGUGGGUCAGCACAGCGAGGCUCCAAACAGGGGACGGCUCUGAUUGGUGCCUCUGCCCCUGCUCCCAGCCCCUCCUAAUUGAAACCAAAUGUGCUGUGUGCUGGAUGCUGGGAGCCUGGCGCCUCCCCAGGAAUCCUCAGAAUGUGAGGUUCUCGCAAAGGCGUCUUGCAUCAGCCCGUGGAUGUGUGCCUGCCACCGGCUCCCGCGCGGGCAGGGCGGGAAAAGGGGCCUUCCACACCCAAGCCCCGCUUCGGGGCCGGGGGACGCCACGGACAGCAGCCGCCCUGCUUUCUCCUUCCCGCAGCCGCGCGCUCCUGGACGAAUGAAAAGUGGACAAAGGAGGCCCAAGCCGCCGGGGACCGUGGACUCCAGAAAUCAAGGCUCCAGGUCGGUCGCCGCCCCGGAGAUGACCCCACUCCCCAGGAUGCCCCUGGCGCCGAUCCUGCUGCUGCUCGUCUGGAGUUCUGCCGAAGCUCAGGUCAACCCAGCCGUGUGCCGCUACCCCCUGGGCAUGUCCGGCGGCCACAUCCCAGAUGAGGACAUCACCGCGUCCAGCCAGUGGUCGGAAUCCACCGCUGCCCGAUAUGGAAGGCUGGACUCGGAAGAAGGGGACGGUGCCUGGUGCCCGGAGGUCCCGGUGGAGCCGGACGACCUCAAGGAGUUUCUGCAGGUCGACCUGCGUAGCCUGCACUUCAUCACGCUGGUGGGGACCCAGGGCCGCCAUGCCGGGGGCCACGGCAUCGAGUUCGCCCCCAUGUACAAGAUCAACUACAGCCGGGACGGCAGCCGCUGGAUCUCCUGGCGGAACCGGCACGGGAGGCAGGUGCUGGAUGGAAACAGUAACCCCUACGACAUUUUCCUGAAGGACCUGGAGCCGCCCAUCGUGGCCAGAUUUGUCCGCUUCAUCCCGGUCACCGACCACGCGAUGAACGUGUGCAUGAGAGUGGAGCUGUACGGCUGCGUCUGGCUGGACGGCCUGGUGUCCUACAGCGCCCCUGCUGGCCAGCAGCUGGUGCUGCCGGGGGGCUCCGUCAUCUACCUGAACGAUUCCGUCUACGAUGGAGCUGUGGGCUACAGCAUGACCGAGGGGCUGGGCCAGCUGACGGACGGGGUGUCGGGCCUGGACGACUUCACGCAGACGCACGAGUACCAUGUGUGGCCCGGCUACGACUACGUGGGCUGGAGGAACGAGAGCGCCGCGCACGGCUACGUGGAGAUCGUGUUCGAGUUCGACCGAGUCAGGAACUUCACCACCAUGAAGGUGCAUUGCAACAACAUGUUCGAGAAGGGUGUGAAGAUCUUCAAGGAGGUGCAGUGCUACUUCCGCUCGGACUCCAGCGAGUGGGAGCCGCAGGCGGUCUCCUUCCCGCUGGUGCUGGACGACGCCAACCCCAGCGCCCGCUUCGUCACCGUGCCGCUGCAGCACCGCAUGGCCAGCGCCGUCAAGUGCCAGUACCACUUCGCUGACACCUGGAUGAUGUUCAGCGAGGUCACCUUCCAGUCCGAUGCCGCCAUGUACAACAGCUCCGGAGCCCCGCCCACCGCACCCUCAGCACCCGCCACCUACGACCCCAUGCUGAAGGCCGAUGACAGCAGCACCCGCAUCCUGAUCGGCUGCCUGGUGGCCAUCAUCUUCAUCCUCCUGGCCAUCAUCGUCAUCAUCCUCUGGAGGCAGUUCUGGCAGAAGAUGCUGGAGAAGGCCUCCCGGCGGAUGCUGGACGACGAGAUGACCGUCAGCCUGUCCCUGCCCAGCGAGUCCAGCAUGUUCAACAACAACCGCUCCUCGUCGCCCAGCGAGGAGCGGGGGUCCAGCUGCACCUACGACCGCAUCUUCCCCCUGCGCCCCGACUACCAGGAGCCCUCCCGGCUCAUCCGCAAACUCCCCGAGUUCACGCCGGGGGAGGAGGAGCCAGGCUGCAGUGGCCUGGUGAAGCCAGUCCAGCCCAGCGGGCCGGACGGGGUGCCCCACUACGCCGAGGCCGACAUCGUGAACCUCCAGGGCGUGACGGGGGGCAACACCUACUCCGUGCCGGCGCUCACCAUGGACCUGCUGUCCGGGAAGGACGUGGCGGUGGCCGAGUUCCCCAGGAAGCUGCUGACCUUCAAGGAGAAGCUGGGGGAGGGCCAGUUUGGGGAGGUCCACCUCUGCGAAGUGGAGGCCAUGGAGAAGCUGGGAGACGAAGGCUUCGCGCCGGACGCCAGUGCCGGGCCGCCAGUGCUGGUGGCCGUGAAGAUGCUCCGGGCUGACGCCAACAAGAACGCCAGGAAUGACUUUCUUAAGGAGAUCAAGAUCAUGUCGCGGCUCAAGGACGCCAACAUCAUCCGCCUGCUGGCCGUGUGCAUCGCCGACGACCCCCUGUGCAUGAUCACCGAGUACAUGGAGAACGGGGACCUCAACCAGUUCCUCUCCCGCCACGAGCCCCCCAACUCUGCCCCCGGCGAGGCGCCCACAGUCAGUUAUGCCAACCUGAAGUUUAUGGCGACUCAGAUCGCGUCAGGCAUGAAGUACCUUUCCUCCCUUAACUUUGUCCACCGAGACCUGGCCACACGGAACUGCCUGGUGGGCAAGAACUACACCAUCAAGAUCGCCGACUUCGGGAUGAGCCGCAACCUGUACAGCGGGGACUAUUACCGCAUCCAGGGCCGCGCGGUGCUGCCCAUCCGCUGGAUGUCCUGGGAGAGCAUCCUGCUGGGCAAGUUCACCACGGCGAGCGACGUGUGGGCCUUCGGGGUGACCCUGUGGGAGAUGUUCACCUUCUGCCAGGAGCAGCCCUACUCCCAGCUGUCGGACGAGCAGGUCAUCGAGAACACCGGGGAGUUCUUCCGGGACCAGGGCCGGCAGGUGUACCUGCCCCAGCCCGCCAUCUGCCCCGACCCCGUGUACAAGCUGAUGCUGAGUUGCUGGAGGAGGGACACCAGGCACCGGCCCUCCUUCCAGGAGAUCCACCUUCUGCUCCUCCAGCAGGGCGACCAGUGAGGCCUCCGCGCCGCCUGGCGACACCAGCACUCGGCCCCGCCCGCCGCGCCGCCAGGCCGGGGCGCGCGCUCUUUGUCCUCGGCUCCUGCCCUGCACCCUCACUCUCCAUCCCUGGCCCCUAUAUACUUGUUUUUUACAUUAAAGAACUAAAAAAGAAAAAAAAAAAGCUACGGCAGAUAAAAUGCAGCGAAGAAAUCUCCACUGAUGCACCAAACUGCUGGAUCAGGAAGGCUAGAUAGACGGUUUAGAUAAUUUAUAAAGGUUAAAGAUGCUUGUGUUUAUAAAUGUGCAGAUUCUACACCAUUUUUCUACCACGUUGCCUUUAAAGAAAUAGUUUCGGCAAGAACAACUUGAAGAACACCAGUCUCUUCGGAAGCCUGAGGUCAGGUUUAGGGGAAACGCUCGGCGAGAGUGGAGACUCGGAAGUGGUUCCAGGGACCGGUCACGGGCGGUUUCAUGUCGCUCAGCAGUUCUGUGCCUCUCUGUGCUGCCAACGUAGCUGAUGCCGCGUGAGAAACCCCGCUUCCCGGAGUGGGCGCUUCGUCCCUUGAUGGGCGGUGGACGCGCCUAGAAAACACAGAGGACUGACUGCACAGGCCAGAGUGUCCGCUGCCCGCGGUGUGCGGGGGAUUGUCGUUUGCGAGGCAGGACACGUACCCCACGCGUGGAAGGACUCUUCAGUACAGUGGACACGGGAAAAGGCCCGAGGAGGACAGGUGACAGGUGUGCUACUCCUUUCAGCAGAGGGUCCUCUGUGUCCUCUCAUUCAGACACGCCUGCCUGUGUGUCUUAGGGAAAGUUUGCUUUGGGAUCCGUAAGAACUGGCAUUUCGGUAGCUCCAUCUCAGGCCCUGUGGCUCAUCUUCUCCAAGGCAGACGGCUGUUGGAAGGGACGGACCCCCCACAGCCCUCGAUGGCCGGGGUUCAAGUUCUCAGGCGUGGACGACAGAGCAGGUCGGCUGUGGGUGUUCCGAAGGGCUGACCUCCAACCAGCGAGUGGCAGCUGUGGGGUCACUGAUGCCCCCUCUGUGCAGGGAGCUCCCAGGGUGAACAGCCUGCCUUGGAGGGGGGGCCUUUGUCCCUCAAGAGGCUCAGAUCUAGGCUGAGGAACCAGGGAAGACAGACAGACAGACAGACAGAGGCUUUGAAGCACAGAGAAGUGGUGUGAGACGGUGCAGGGUGGCGGUUGGUGCAGGUCAGUGCCGUGAAGAUGCCGCCCACGCAACAGCUCAGUGGGCGGGGCCUUAGAGACGCAGUGACUGGGAGAGAGGGAGCAGGGAGGCCCUGUCUGCAGAGUUCACGGGAACAGACACACGGUCCCAUCAGAGCCCGGUCAGAACCGGGGCGGAGCCUCGCACUCUCAGAUUUGGUGGGAAGCAGGGGAGGGAACCCCCAGGUCCCGCAGAGAAGGUGCGGCAAAGGUGGCAGAGGAUGGCCCCCAGGCUCAGAAAGAGAACUUGACCCUGGGGGCCCGCUUCUGCCACCUGAUGUCACUCGGUCCCCCAUCAGCCCUCACCUUGCUCCUGGCCUCAGCAGGUGCAGAAGCCCCACACCCUGGGGUCCCUUUGCAGGUCCCCUUCUUCCCCCGGAGACUGGGGUGUCCACUCAGACUCAGUGUCAGGCCAGAGGGAGCGGCUGUGUCCCCUGUUCGUCCAUUUGGGUGAGGCCCCCCCACGGGCCCAGGCCCUGGCCUUGCUCAGCCCAACCACUCAGAUGCUAACCUCACCUGGAACUGCUCCUCACAGACCCGCCCAGAAUAAGGUGUGACCGGGCAGGCACCGCACCGGGGCUCACACACUGAGUCAUGCCCCGCCUCCUGCGGGACUGCAGACGCCUGGACUCCUCCGGUGGCCAGGGAAGUGGUCCCUCCCCCUUCCUUUGUUUAACAUCCCCCCACUUAUUUUUUCUAAGCAUUCGGCCUCAACACACUGCAUCUCAUGGGCUCACAGGAGUAUAGUCAGAUUUCAAGUGAACUCGGUGUGUCUGGAUUUUCCUGGGCUUGCGUCUGAUGGGUCACCGGUUUUGGGUGGCCGGCCGGAGCAUGUUGCAAUGGACCGUUACCCCUUCUGGGGUGAGGAAGGUCCCACCUCUGUGUGGCCAACACGGGUGCACCGUGGCCUGGCCAUUCCCACGGAGUUCACAGCACAAACCCGAGAGAGCCAACUAGCAUGUGCCUGGCAAAGGCCUCGUGUGGAGAAUUUAAAAGUCACUCGGAUCUAAGUUAGAGGAAGGAAACUAGAAAUGAGUUAGAAAAGGAGGCGAGAGGAUGUGGAAUGUUUUAUGUCAGAUUGUGGUUAUGGGGUCAGGUUGACAGUAUGCGCAGGCUGGUCGAUGGGCGGAGAGCUCAGCCCGACCCGGCACCUGCCCAGUCUUGUGCUCAGAGUCGGCCCGGCCUGGGGAGGCCCGAGGGGGUCGUGGCUUCAGUGCAGGGGCAGGAUCGCUGGCAGGUGCCGAGGCUGUGACGGAGCACAGUGUGGGCGGGAGUGGCAGAUGAGGGAAGGAGAGUGCACGUGGCUGAACGAAGGCAGGUGGGCAGAAGGACCGACCGUGCACAGGCGGGCUGCGGGAGCGCGGUCGGUCGUGAUGCCACACGGGGAGCAGGGCUGAGACGGGGCAGGAAAGGUAAGUGUGGAAGAUGACAGGCGGUUGUGUUUGGGGAGGAGGAAAUGCUGGGUGGUGGAGACCGUACUGGUGGGAAAUGAGACGUCAGAUGGAACCGCAGGGAGGAGUGUCAUGGGGUUUGAGAAAGAGAAAGUUCCCCGUGGGUGUGAGGCCCGGGAGCGCCCAGCAGGGAGGACGUUUCGUUUCGGAGGAAGCGGGUGACAGGGGGCCUGAGCGCCUGUGUCCCCCAGCUGAGAAGUGAUCAGCCCGUCCGCCCUGGACCUGGUUUUUCCAGGCUGCCCUGGCAGGCCUGGAGGCGGGGUUCGACAGAGCUCCGCCAGGCUUGGUGUCCCGGCUCUCGCAUCCCUGAAUGGGGCCCCCGCUGAGCCCAGAAGGGCAUGGAAAUGGGGAGGCGACAGGCUCGAGUGAGGCUGACUCAGUCUGGUGUGACGCCUGAGUGGAGGUGGGUGCUGGGGGCUGCGUGAGGGUGUGGCCCCACUGGGCUCCCCCCAGAGACCAGGCUCAGCCAUGUGUUUUGAGUGAAAGGAGAACAGAGAAGGAGAGAGUCCGAAAGAGGGAAGCAGAGGAAAACGGUCCAAGGAAAUACUCUGAAACAGAAUAGUAUCUGUUUUGCCCAAAACUACAAAAAAAAAAAAAAAAAAAAGGAGAAAAUGACAGUUAAGGUGUAGCUCGCUCCCCAAAUAGGGCUAGUAAGUCCUGGACCCAGAGUUGAAUUUCUAGUCUUGCCAUCUUAGUCCUUCAGUCAGGUCUCUGACCUCUGACCUCUGGCCUCUGGCCGUGCCUGUGGCAGGGCCCAGAGUGUUUCUGGAAGUUUCAGACCCUGGUGUAUGCUGGGAGAGCCUUCUGAACGGAAAUGCAACAUUUCUGUAGAAACACACGAUGCCCGUUCCACGUGGAGAGCGUCCUGGAACGGGUGUGGGAAGAGGCGGGAACGGUUCGCGGUGACGGGACCGCAGGCCGCUGCAGGCUCCACUGCAGGGGCUGCGUCAUUUGCUGGGCGAUUGCUCUUGUGUCCCUUUCCCAAAACUUGUUGUUUUGAAAGACGUGAGGACUCCCGAGAAGUUGGGAAAGCAGUGCAGGGAGGCCCCCCAACACCACGGCUGGCAUCCUACAUGCCCGCCACGCACUCCCACAGCCAGAAACCUGACCUUGCUCCGGCACCAGUAACUAAGCCUCGGGAGUGUUCAGAGUUCAACAGUUGUUCACACGUCCUUAUUUAGUUUCAGGGCGGGGUUAACCCCUGGUUACGUAGCUGGUUCAGUGAGAAAGAUACCACCUGGAUCCACUGUCCAACACCCGACAGAGAAUGUAACAAGUUAGCCAGUUCCUUUACCAAUGAGCUUUAUCCAGCCGGAUACUGUCCACGUUUGCUGACUUUGUUUGGCUGUGUGGCAUCUGGAACAACCCAGAGCAACUUGAAAGGACUCAGGACAGGAAGACCUGCCUGUGGCUCUCUGGCUGGAGAACCAGGCAUGGAGGGAAAUCUGGGUGGUUCCCGCUGUUCCCACAGUGAGGAGGGCUUGUAAUUGUGGCAGAGAGGACUUGAGGGUGGCCCAGUGAUUGGUAAAGAGUAGGUGGUGCCGAGUCCCAGCCUGAGGGCAGCUUGUGGAAGGAAUGGAGAACCGUGGCAUGGUCCUCUGAUGUGUGAUAAACCAUUUUCAGAACAGUAGCGAGGUUUCAUGUGCCCAGGUAUCUGUUCGGAAACAGAGCACCAACCACAGUGGACCAAACAAAAGGCAAACACACAGUGACCUCGGGGUGUGGAGCUUCCCGUUCUGGUGCUCCCGGCUGGUGGUGUCCUAACGGCUCCAUUUGAGGGUCACGGGCUGCAACUCGGUCACCGCUGUGUCCUGCGUGGUCGUUCCGUCCAUGUCUGCGGAGGCUGUUUUUGAAUGAAAAUCUAGAAGCGGGUACUGGUCACACCACAUGCUGGGGGUGAGUUAGGGACCCCUGCCCUGCUGUGGUGGAGUUUGUGUUCACACCGGGAAAGCAGGGAAAGGCCUCGGGACUUACCGCCUGUCUGUUUCCUGAUGGGGAAGUUGACCUUUGAGGGCUUGAGACAGCAUUUCAAGGUCGUUCUGUACAAGGCACCCUGUGCAGAGCGGGCACCACACACUGGCCCCAAACUCAGCCCAUUGAAAACAAACCUUGUAGUUUCUCCCACACUCGCCUUGUCUACAACUCCCCAAACCUCCAAGGGGGCAGGAGGAGCCCAGAGGUGGCCAGCGCUUUCCGAAAUGCACAGCCGCAGGUGGACGGCGUGUGAGCAGAGACGCCAGGGAGGGCCCAGCGGGGUGAGGCAAUUGAUCACUUCAAGGGAAAACUUGGUUUCUUGGGGGAGGGGCUGGUCCUGCUCUGCAGACUGUGCAGGGCAUGAUGUUGGGUUAAGGGGCAGAGAGCAAACCGACUCCAUUUCUGCUUAAACCUAUCCUAGUCAUUCCAAAAUAGAAUAUGUAAGAAUUCUCUGUAUUAGAAAAAAAAGCCACGAGAUACCAACUGUAUAUUUUCUUUAUUUAUUCUCUGUCUGUCAGAUGAUACAUUGUAAAUAACAAUGAUUAAAGAAAUAUGCUACUAAUGAA